AUGGAUGAGAGCCAGAGGACCCGGGUGGUGACGGCGGGGUCGGACCCCCCCGGGCCGGCAGGGGGGCUCAGCCUGCGCGCGCUCACCGGCUGCGUCCUGUGCGUCCUGAUCGUGUCCACGCUCCUCGGGAACACGCUGGUGUGCGCCGCGGUCAUCAAGUUCCGCCACCUGCGCUCCAAAGUCACCAACUCGUUCGUCAUCUCCCUGGCGGUGUCGGACCUGUUCGUGGCCGUGCUCGUGAUGCCGUGGAGAGCCGUGUCCGAAGUGGCGGGAAUCUGGCUCUUCGGCCGCUUCUGCGACACGUGGGUGGCCUUCGACAUCAUGUGUUCCACGGCGUCCAUCCUGAACCUGUGCAUCAUCAGCAUGGACCGGUACUGGGCCAUCUCCAGCCCCUUCAGGUACGAGCGCAGGAUGACGCGCCGGUUCGCCUUCCUGAUGAUCGGUGUCGCGUGGACCCUGUCCAUCCUCAUCUCCUUCAUCCCCGUGCAGCUCAACUGGCACCGCGCGCGCAACUCCAGCGCCCACAACCCGGACGACUGCAACGCCAGCCUGAACCGGACCUACGCCAUCUCCUCGUCCCUCAUCAGCUUCUACAUCCCGGUGCUCAUCAUGGUCGGGACGUACACGCGCAUCUUCCGCAUCGCUCAAACCCAAAUUCGACGCAUUUCGUCUUUGGAGAGAGCGGCGGGAACCCGUGCGCAAAACCUCCGGCACCGCGCGUCGACGCACGACGAGAGCGCCCUGAAGACGUCCUUCAAGAGGGAGACCAAGGUUCUGAAGACCCUGUCCAUCAUCAUGGGGGUCUUCGUGUUCUGUUGGCUCCCGUUCUUCGUCCUCAACUGCGUGGUUCCGUUCUGUGACCCGGACCAGGCGCACGCGCCACCGUGCGUCAGCGACACCACCUUCAGCAUCUUCGUGUGGUUCGGCUGGGCCAACUCGUCCCUGAACCCGGUCAUCUACGCCUUCAACGCGGACUUCCGGAAGGCCUUCUCCACCAUCCUGGGCUGCGGGAAGUCCUGCGGCUCUUCGGCGGUGGAGGCGGUGGACUUCAGCAACGAGCUGGCCUCCUACCACCACGACACCACCCAGCAGAGGGAGGCCGGACCCGGGACCGGCGGCCCGCAGAGACUGACCGCCGGCCUCCCCCCGCUCACCGGACCGGACCUGCAGCAGAACUUCGACCAGGUGUCGGUGAUCUCAGACGAGUCCAGAACCCAGAGGAACCUGCUACUUCCGGUCAUCCUGCGGUACGAGCGCGAGGCGGAGAUCUCCCUGGACAUGAUGCCCUUCAACUCGUCCGAACCCGCGGACUGUGACGGGAUCCCGGGUCAGGUCCAGGAUCUGUAACGGAUCAUCAUCUGGCCUCCGGGUCCUAGAUCAUGAACCAGGUUGACC